GCUCGGCCACGAACGACACAUCGCCAGUGUUUUGAGAAAAAGGGAAGCGCGGCAGCUAGCCUAUCCCUAAUGGACGUAUGAGCCGCAAAUACCUUGCGUGUAACCUAUUUCCUGUAUUUACGUGGCCACUGGGUGAUAUUUUGCUAGUCUUUUUUUUAAAAACAAACGCCGCAAAAUGAAAAAUAGUGUUUUCUGUUUGGCGUUUAUGCGUUUGAAACAAGCUACAUUGCUAACUUAGCGUUAAACACGGGCUGGAAUGAGCUAAUUCGUGUUGUUGCCCUUUUAUUUUAACUCAAUGACGUAUUUAAACUAAAGGAUUUGGGAUUGAAAUGCUGUUCGGUACAACGCUGGGUUACCAUUUCAGUGCAAAUGAGCGAAACAAAGGGCUAUCGUUUCGCUGCUAGCCGCGGCGCUAGCUACCUCGACUAACUGGUUAUCGUGACGCGACAGAAAUGGACGAAAGUGCCGAAAACGACGACAUCGUGAUCAUCGUGGAGAACGAGGCCGAGAGUUUGCCCGCAGGCGGGGAGCGGCUCAAACAGCAGGGCGCCGUCGGACUCAUGGACACAUGUCCCAUGUGCAAGCUGAGCUUCCACAACAGGGAGCCCAAGCUGCUGCCGUGUCUGCACUCCUUCUGCAGGAGGUGCCUGCCUCCCCCGCUAAGGAGCGCCGAGCCGAGGCGGGACCAAGGUCCAGGUGGCUCCAUCCGGUGCCCGGUGUGCAGACAGGAAUGCUGGGAGGUCGACGUGCUGGACAACUUCUUCGUCAAGGACUCAGCCGAGGUGCCCAGCAGCACGGUGGAGAAAACCAGCCAGGUGUGCAUGAGCUGCGAAGACAACACGGAGGCGACGGGCUACUGCGUGGAGUGCGUGGAGUUCCUGUGCUUGACGUGCAUCGAGGCGCACCAGAGGGUGAAGUUCACCCGAGAUCACACCAUACGCCAGAAGGAGGGGAUGUCUCCAGAAGCGCUCGGCGUGUCCACGCAGAAGCCCGUCUUCUGCGACGUCCACAAGCAGGAGCCGCUGAAGCUGUUCUGCGAGACGUGCGACCGGCUAACCUGCCGAGACUGCCAGCUCCUCAAACACAAGGAUCACAACUACCAGUUUCUGGAGGAUGCCUACAGAAACCAUAAGCAGUAUCUGGAAACCAUGACUCUGCAGCUGCAGGAAAAGAGAAAGGCCAUCGAGGACGUUUCCAGCUGCAUCAACUCCGGACUGCAGCAAGUGGAAGAAAAUCGGAAAGCUGUCACGAACGAAAUAAAGAAGUCCAUCUGUAACCUCAUCAUGGAGAUCAACAGGAAGGGAAAGAUCCUGAUAAACCAGCUCGAGGCGCUGACUAAGGACCACGAGCUGGCUCUGAAGAAGCAGCAGGACGACGUCAACAAUCUGACCCGGCAGCUGGACCACGUGAUCAGCUUCACCAAAUGGGCCACGGCCAGUCACAGCGGGACGGCUCUGCUCUACUGCAAGAGACUGAUCCUUUACCAGAUCCAUUACCUGAUGAGAACGACCUACAACCCCUCCAUCGUCCCCCAGAGCUCCGUUCGCUUCCAGUGCCGCUCUGGAUUCUGGGCCACCAACGUGGACCUCGGUUCACUGGUGGUGGAGAGAUGCCCAGGGAGGCCAACCAUCCCCAACCAUCAGCCGGGUCCCAGACAGGAGGCCCCAGCUGGGAGUCUGUCCCUCGCAGCAGCGCAGCAGCGGCAGAGCACGCUAGCUCAGCUCCAGAUGCAGGUUGACAAGCUCUCCCACCAGCCCCACAGGCAGCCCCCUCCUAACCACUGGUCCUGGUAUCAGAACGUCAGACUACCAGCGCCUCCCGGUCCCCCUCCACCCACCAGACCCAUCCACGGGGGCUCGUCUCCCUCCCAAGCCCCCCCCGGCUUGGCACAGGUUGGGCGCAGGUAUGGGACCAGCCAUCCAAACCCUAGAAGCCCUCCGACCUACACAGCUUCACAGUCUCUACGAGAAUUAAUCCACAGCUCCACGUUCCCCCCUAAACCCAUCGAGCUGUCGCACGUAGCUUCCCGCUUCUCGCAGCCUCCGUCGGCGGGAGCAGCUUCCCAGGCCUCCCUACACCAGAGAUGCUUGGCGGAGUCGUCCCUCCUAAAGAGGAGCGAGGCUGGUCCGUCCGUCCCCACCGUCAGCAUCUCCGUCCCCAAGCCCGCCGUGGGUUUGUGUCUGCCAGCAGGAAAUGCAGAGAAAAGCAGCUCGCUCGGUCUUAUGGCAGGUGCAGGAGGACAGAACUCCCCGUUGGCGAAGCCGUCCUCUACAGACAGAACCACGGGGGUGACUUCCUGGAAGCAGACCUCCACGCCGCCAGCGGCCCCUGCUCCCAAGCGAAGGAGGAGGUUCUCCCCAGGGCCCAUAAUCGUCAUCAAGGACGAACCCGAGGACGAGGACGAAGUUAGUUUUGUGCAAUCCAGCGGCGGGUCCAGCCUGCCGGACAGCAGCACCGGCGCCCAGUCGAAGCCUCGGCCGGCGCCGAAGGGGCUCGUGGCGUCCGGCGCCCCGGCUUCCACCUCCACCGACCAGUGUAGCCAGACCCAGUCGCAGCCGGGCCCGGAGAAGAAGGCGGAGCCGGAGGAGGACCCCAACGAGGACUGGUGCGCCGUGUGCCAGAACGGAGGGGAGCUGCUCUGCUGCGACAAGUGCCCGAAGGUUUUCCACCUCUCCUGCCACAUUCCCGCGCUCAACGAGUCGCCGAGCGGUGAGUGGUUUUGCUCGUUCUGCCGUGACCUGGAGUCCCCCGAGAUGGAGUACGCCGGCGACCGAGGGAGCGCGCCCGUCUCAGAGAAGUUCCCCCCAGUGGACAAAAGGAAAUGUGAGCGACUGCUGCUGCACUUGUUCUGCAACGACUUCAGCACGGACUUCCAGCAGCCGGCAUCUCCAUCGGAGACUCGGCGGUACAAGGAGCUAAUAAAGACGCCGAUGGACCUGUCAAUGGUGAAGAAAAGGCUGCAGUCAAAGGAGGGAGAGUGUUACGGGAGCCCAGAGGGGUUCGUCUCCGACGUCCGGCUCAUCUUUUUCAACUGCGCCAAGUACUACAAGGCGACCUCAGAGGUUGGCAGCGCGGGCUUAUACCUGGAGGAGUACUUUGAGGAGCAGCUGAAGCUCGUCUACCCGGACCGGCUCUUCCCAGGAGGGAGGGAGGAGCAGAUGAUCCCGCCCCUGGAGGAUGAGAUCGAAGAAGAGGAGGAACAGCCAAUGGAGCAAAGCGACGCCGCUGCCGAGGACACGGAGCCAUCAAGUCCUGCGGGAAAAGGAAGCGCUAAUGUAGACGGGGAAACGGUUCCUAAACAGGAACCGAUGGCCCCAGGAGAGAGGGAGAACUCGGACAAAGAAGCGGCUGAAACAAGUCCAAUGGAAACGGGUGAAGUGAUGACAAAUAAAGAGGGGGGCGUUCCUCCUGCGGAGGAGGAAAAGCGAGAGGAGAGCACCGCCGCGCAGCAGGAGGACAAGCACCCCGCCGCUGACGCAGAGGCUAAAGAUGGCACCGAGGAAAAAAAGGCUCAGCUCCCAACAGGCAACGCCGAGGACACACCGGACACUUCGGAGAGUCCAGCUCCCGUAGAGGCAGCCUCCGCGCAGGAGGGAUAGACCAAUCCCAGCUAUGGUGAGGGACAGAUCAGAGGAGAAGUCUUCCAGAGCCGUGGCCUCCAUUAGAUGCAAUGGGACGGGUUUCAUAACAUGUAUGAAGCAGGGGCCCCGCUGCAUGGGACAGACUCUGCUAGCAGCUAGAUGCACAACCAGGAGAAGCCGACAAGCUCUUUGUGUCCUGGUUUCCUGCGACGACUGUGAAAAGCACACAAAUGGCCUUGUGUGGAUCGCCUUUAAGUUAUGAAUAACACUGUACAUACUUCUUAAUACUGAAAGCACAGUUUCUGCAGAGUUUGGACCUUUUUAAUGCAUGAAAUACACUCCAAUAUAAAUAACAUGCGCAUUCUAGCCAUUUUGGGUCAAACUUUCAUUUGCAGUAGUAUUCUUUUUUUUUAAAUUUUUAAUUUAUAGUAUUAAAGCGCAGCAAAUAUAUGAUGGCUAAAGAGCAGAUUUUGUACAAUGUGGCAUGUAUAUACAGAUAUACAUACAUUUAUGCACACAGAUGGCAACAGGUCUGUUGGUUAUUGCUGGUGAGGAUGUGUGCAGGGCCUGAAAAGGAUUUCAUCUUUUGCCGCAGGUUUAGAAUCUCCCAUUAAGUGUUUUCAAACAGUUCAACAUUUAUUUAAAUGCAUUUUUUUUUAAUGGGAAAGGACAUCAUGCCUACUAUCCUACUAUUAAAUCUGAUGGAGGAUUUCUGAUACGUUGGGCCACUGUCUCCUUUUUUUGUCAGAAUCUCAGGUGGUGCAAUACUAAGUACUUUGUAGAAUUCCCCUUUUGCCCAUUGGAUCACAUUUAGUCCAGGUAAACAAGGAGAGCUCUCUGUUUACCUGGAAGGUUUAGGGCUGGAGACUGAGAUGGCCACGGAGGAAUUUUGGUUUUAUGUCUGCUGAUCUGGCCGUACGUUUUGGAUCCUUAUCCCGUGGAUGGAACCGAUAAUGGCACAUCCACCAGAACUUUCUGUUCUCAUGGCGGUUCAUUGAGGUCAUAAUGCCACACUCUCAAACAAGGUUUCCAGAGCCCAGGCCCACAGCAUCAAAGAGCCUCCACUGUACCUAACAGUAGAUGCAGGAUGUUUUUUUUAUUUUUUUAUCCACAUAUAGAUUAUCUGUUUCAUGUCAAAUCUAAGUAAAACUGUAAAAGCGGCAUCACCUACAUUUAUUAAAAGGGAUCAUUUGGGACAUAAAUCAUGUGGCCACUAGUAAUUUUCGGUUAGAACAAGAAAACAAUCUCUUUAGACUUGUUUUUCUAACAUUGGAUAAUAAAAUAAUAAAAAAAA